UUGAAACAUCUGAGUACAUCAACAGAGAAUUCAAUGACAGCAAACACACUGUUUUAUUGUCUUCAAAAACUGAAUCUACACGUGUUGAUUUUAACCAAAUUUGCGAAAAAAGUGACUAAACCAACGUGUACUUUUUUCAAACUUUCGAUGAUGAAAAUUGCGUUUUGCUUUUAAAGCAAGGGAACCAACUACCAGAAGAGUUUGUAAAUAAAAGGAGGCUUACACCAGAAGACGACAUUCUUCGUUGUCUUGACAACUCAUUAAACGUAAUUUGUGCUCCAGCUGGAAAGGGUAAAUCGAGAUUAAUGGACGUUUUAUGUAACGACUGCCCUCCAGAUCACUGGGGGAUUUACAUCAAUCUGAUCAACCAUAAUUCGUUCCUGGCGAAGAAACCAAACUUGGAAACAAUCUGGAAUUACCUACUAGAAACAGACGACAACGUUGUUAAAAAAAUGUUGCCCAUUUUACGCAACAACCGAAAACUAUAUUUGUAUUUUGACGGGCUAGACGAAGUCGACAGCACUUACGUAAAUAGUGUCUUGGACUGCGUCCAAGACGCAUCUUCAAAUGGUACGAAGAUAUGGAUUUCGUCAAGGGAGAAUCUGCGUGAUAGAAUAACGCAAUCACUAAACGUAAUACCUAUAGAAAUAACAGAACUGAAUAAAAGUCAACGUGAAGAGUACAUUUGCGAAAAACUGAAACGGAAGUACGGAAACGAAGACAUAGAAAGAAUUAUGGGCUCAAUUCUUGACAAUGUAGAUCUUAACAAAAGUCAAGAAUUAUUAGGAAUUCCGUUACAGUUGCAUAUAAUUACGGAAAUGUUUCUGACCAACGACGAAACUGACAACGUCGAGCAAAAGAACAUGUUUGUGUUGACGUAUAUGUAUAAAUUGUACUUUGAGGGAAAAGUGAAGUUUGCUUUAAGUAAAGUCGUCGACGAACACCACACACAUCAAUUUGGAAAUUUUAAAGUUCUCUUAAAGAAUUAUGAAAUUCCUGCUUUGAAGGCAUGCUUAAACAGGGAGGAUUUUGUCAAACUGGGUCUACUUUCAGAAGAAAUGGAAGAUUUUGUCACUGAAAUUAAGCGCAGUGGCGAUAAAUAUGGAAUAAUAGAGAUAAUAAAUGACAAUGGGGAUGCUAUAUUUAGCCAUCAGACGUACGCAGAAUAUUGUGCGUGUGUUUGGUUACAAAGAAAUAAAGAAAAAGCUGCUUUGUUUCAGAAGGAGAUGCUUCUUGAAAGAUAUGAAAAUCUACGACUUAUGUUUGACAUAAUGUUGGCCCAGAGCGACCCUCUACAUCUAUCCGUUAUCUACAGAAACUUAGACGAAUUUGAAAAAAACGUCGACGAUAUAGAAGCUAAAGAUCAUGGUGGUCGAACUGUACUCCAUCUGUUGUGUACAUACGGCAAGAAAUAUCCCAUUGAUUACAUAAAAAGUUACUGGUACAGGAAUGAACUGGUGAAACUGAACCAAUAAUUUAAGUGGUACACAACCAUGGUGGCAAAGGUACUUCAACUAUACUCCAAAAUCCACGACCAAGACGAUUUAUUCCACUUUGAUUGCUUAAGUUACUCCCUUGAAGCAAAAUGUUUGUAUCCGAUAGAGGCAAUGCUAGAAAAAAAUCUUCUAGAUUUUGACGAUGUUAAAAAAACGGUUUUUGGCUAUUAUAAAAUCGAAACGUUGGUUUAUUAUGCAGCACACAUGGGUUACCCGAAUUUAUUUUCUGCACUGGUUGCACAUAACACACAACUUGUUCAUCUGAAAGUAGACAACGACAAUUUAUUAGAAAUAGCCGUCAAAGGAACAGAUGACAGUGUAGCGUCUCCAAGAGAAGGUAACAUCGCUGUUGGCAAUAUAAUACUAGAAAAUGGUUUCGAUUUAACCAAAGAUGGUUAUGACACACCUCUUGGUGAUAUUUUGGACGUAGCAUGCGAUGAGGAAAACUAUAAAAUUGACUUGGAUGUGAAUCUUAAAAACGACGAAGGUCUAACUGCGCUUCAAAUUGCGGCUCAAUUUCGUGUUUUCGGAGUAGUAGAAAUAUUGAUGAAGAGAGGAGCUGAAGCAGAUAUUGUGGACCCACGUGGCAACAACCCUCUGCAUUUUGCAUCAAUGUUGUGGAUAGAUAAUCGAACUAUAAUAAAACUGUUCAUUGAUAAAGGUGUGGAUGUUAAUGUUCAAAAUGAAAAUGGGUUGACGCCUCUACAUCUAGCUUGGA